AUGCGUCCUUCCGUGGAAGCCUGCCAGACUCCGUCAUGGCGGCCAUGAGCCUCCUGCUCCGGGCAGCAGCCGCGUUUGGGGCUCGACGGACCUUGCCCAGCUCCGCGCUCUGGGGUCGCUUCCCCUUGCUGCAACGGACCAUCGGCCGCCCUGGAGCUAUCGCUCCAGUACGCUAUGGCAGUGGUGAGAAAAGAAUGUUUAUCAUGAAGCCAACUGAAUUUUACGAUAAGCGGUUCCUGCACUUGCUGAGAUUCUAUUUUAUGCUAACUGGAAUCCCGGUAGCCAUAUUUAUAUUCCUUAUUAACAUCUUUAUUGGUGAAGCUGAACUGGCUGAAAUACCAGAAGGUUAUAUUCCAGAGCACUGGGAAUACUAUAAACAUCCUAUAACUAGGUGGAUCACUCGCUACCUGCUCGACCCCCCUGAAAAGGAUUAUGAAAAGGGAAUGGCAUUGAUUUAUAUUGAAACUGAGAAAGCCAAGUUAAGGGGCCAACAGCAGGAAGUCCGUCGGCUGAUGAAAGAAAGGGGGGAUGGGCCGUGGUUUUACACUGAAACACCCAGCACGAGCCUUAUUGAUUAUUCCCCUAAAGCAACACCUGACAAUUAGGCUUGUUCACCUCCUGUAUCAAGUGAGCGAUACGCAAAGAGCAGCCGAAUGAUGUAAAAUGUAUAUAUAUGUACCCGAUGGUAACUCAAAUAAUAAAUCCUGAUUCAGCAACUUGCUGAUUCAAACACUUCUUGAUUUA